AUGGCUUCUCAAAGAGCAGAGCUUCAGUACUGGCCUACACUCAAGGCUUGGAUUCAGGAAAACCGUCUCGGAAACUACCCCGGUGCCACCACAACGCCUGUUGUGCACUGUGUCAUCUGCCUCGACAAGGACGAGAUCCUCACCCCUGCCACUCCUCCGCAAAACAUUGCCAAUGCCCACCCGGGAGUAACUCUUUUCUGCGGGCACAUGAUGUGCAAGGCUUGCUACGGGCGCUGGGAAAAACAUCUGAUAGAAGCCGGUAAGGCCGUCACUUGCCCCACCUGCCGACACAAAUUGGUGUAUACUACGAGCCAGGUUGCUUCCAACGGCUGCACACACCCUGCCUAUGCCUGGGACCUCCCAGUGGAAACCUACUCCCCCAUCAACAUCCCCCCUACCAAAGACGAUGAGGGGUCUAUCCCCAACUUCUGCCACAACUGUCGGGUCGACAGAAUGAACUACAUUGCCCGGCAUAUCACUGAGCUUCGGCAGGAGGGCUAUGAUGACUUUCAGGUCAGGAAUAUCUUGCUUCAUUCCGCUGGCGGUGCUCUCGAGCUGACCGAUUUUGAGCAGCGAGCGGCCUUCCCACCUAAUGCUAAUGGUACAUAUUUUGCACCCUGGGUUGCGCCCCCUCGCAAUAAUGAGCAGAAUUAUCUCCUCGACCAGCUUCGUCAGCAGCUCGUCAGGGAGGGGCACUCAUGGCGUGGCCGUGUCCCGCAACCUCCUCCUGUUGGUUUCUUCGGUCUACAGUAG